GCCCCAGCGGGGCCCCUUCGGCAGAGCCAUGUCGCUGCACGGCAAGCGGAAGGAGAUCUACAAAUACGAGGCGCCUUGGACCGUGUACGCCAUGAACUGGAGCGUGCGGCCGGACAAGCGGUUCCGCCUGGCGUUGGGCAGCUUCGUGGAGGAGUACAACAACAAGGUACAGCUUGUUGGUUUGGAUGAAGAGAGUUCAGAGUUCAUCUGCAGGAACACCUUUGAUCACCCUUACCCCACCACAAAGCUCAUGUGGAUCCCAGACACCAAGGGAGUGUAUCCAGACCUUCUGGCAACCAGUGGUGACUACCUGCGUGUGUGGAGAGUGGGUGAAACAGAAACCCGGCUGGAGUGUUUGCUGAACAAUAACAAGAACUCUGACUUCUGUGCUCCACUGACAUCAUUUGAUUGGAAUGAAGUGGAUCCUUACCUCCUCGGUACUUCCAGCAUUGACACAACCUGCACUAUAUGGGGUCUGGAGACAGGACAGGUUCUGGGAAGAGUAAAUCUGGUCUCUGGCCAUGUCAAGACCCAGCUUAUUGCACAUGACAAAGAGGUGUAUGACAUAGCAUUCAGCCGUGCAGGUGGUGGGAGAGAUAUGUUCGCUUCGGUUGGUGCAGAUGGCUCAGUGAGGAUGUUUGAUCUCCGUCAUCUGGAACAUAGCACCAUAAUUUAUGAGGACCCACAACACCAUCCACUGCUGCGUCUCUGCUGGAAUAAGCAGGAUCCCAACUAUCUUGCCACGAUGGCCAUGGAUGGCAUGGAGGUUGUGAUUCUAGAUGUCAGAGUUCCCUGCACUCCUGUUGCCAGGUUAAACAACCACAGAGCAUGUGUAAAUGGAAUUGCUUGGGCACCUCAUUCUUCCUGCCACAUUUGCACAGCAGCGGAUGACCAUCAGGCUCUCAUCUGGGACAUCCAGCAAAUGCCUCGUGCCAUUGAGGACCCUAUCUUGGCCUAUACAGCAGAGGGAGAAAUCAACAAUGUACAGUGGGCAUCAACUCAGCCAGACUGGAUAGCUAUCUGCUACAACAACUGCCUGGAAAUUUUGAGAGUGUAACACUACUGCUUCAUGCCUAACUGAGGCAGGGCUGUAUAAUUUCCCCACCCCUCUAAAGUAAGAACAACACAAGUCAAGUGGCCAGUAUCUGUUGUUGCUUUGCAUCUACUGUUCCAAGAAACUGUUACAAGAAUCAAUGGCAGGUGUCUCCUGUCUCUCCAAGACUCUAAAAUGCAGAGACAUGCUGAGCCUCUUGGACCUUUUGGGUUCUGGUUUUCUUUCUUUUUUUUUUUUUUUUCCUGCAGUUAAAGUUCUGUAUAUUUGUUUGUUGACUGUGUUAAUAAGCUUGCAGGCUUUAAGUUGCUGCAUAUGUCCAAGUGUUUGUCAGCCAGCCAGGGCGGCACAUCUAGCUAGUUUAAUAGAUGCAAGUGCAAAACAAGGUGGGGAAAAAGAUGGUAAUGUUAACAGCCACCUUGGCAGGAAUCUUUAUCAUUCCUGUUGUUGCUGCCUCUAAACUGUUUAAACAUUUGUAUGUUUUUUAUAUAUUGGGCUAACUUUCUAUUGAGUAAGGCUUUUCUCCCGAAUUCUUACUUUUGAUAUGUGAUCCACUUCCAUAUACCCAAAGCAGGAUAUCUUUGUUGAUACAAAUCACAAUAACACUGCAGGCUCCCUGGCAGUAAAGGCCUGCCAGAAUUAACUGUUGCCUUGGCUCUCAAUACCUGGUUACCUGGUGCUGUGAAGUACAAGUACUUGUUGCACAAUUUCUUUACACUUUUCUGAUGCUAGAGGCAAUUGCUACUAUGGUAGGCCUUAUUUUUAAAUUAUAACUGAAUUUACUGUGUGUCUCCUGCAGUUGUGUUAGCUAACAGAACGGUAAUGGGUUUCAGACAGAAGGUAUUUGCAUGACUUGAGCUCCCUCUGAGGGAAAUGACUUCAGAAAAAAAUGUUAUCUGUAAUAAUGGACCCUGGAUUGACGUUUCCAAUGAAAUGAUUUCCCCUUAGAGGGCUUACUGUCUGAACCAAAAUAAAAUGGUCUCACACUUUGUAGCUUGCUUGAUUGGCAAAUAAUACGAGCAAGAUCUUGUGGUUAACCUGUACCAUGGAGCUUCUUUGCAUUUGUUCUGUGUUCCUGGGAGUUCUUGAAAGGAGUACACUUUUUUUCCUAAAUAUAUUUGCUUUGUACUGUCAGGUCUUGUUGAAUGAGCGAGAUGAGUUGGAAGAACUCAUCCGCUAUGCAGAUGAAAACUGUUUUUCUGAAAGAAAUAAUUCUCUAAUGUAAUCUCAGAAGACAGAUUUCAAGUGAAAGAAACAGUGCCCCAGAGGCUACAGUUUGGUGCUUGUCAUCCUUGUGGCUAUUUGAGAUGCAUCCAAGGGUGUCUGUUUCUGUUUCGAAUAGUGGAAUGCUCUACAGUAAUAGGGUGCAAUCAAAGCUGAGUGGAUUAGACAAGAUAAAAAUCCUUACUAAAGUCUUAAUAUAACACAGGUAUUGAGAUAAAAGCUCCACAGUACUCUUCUUGCAACGGAGACUUGACAGCUAUAGCUGGUCCGUGAGAGCAUACCAGCUGAGUUUUGAUGGAAAUGUCAGAAACAAUCAGCGUUGUCUUUCUACCUGAUGUAUAUUCACCUACAACUGCAGAGCACUGGCAAAGUUGUGUUUUGUCAGCUUGUGUGGGGAAGGCAAGUUAGGAAAGGGGAUUGCAGGGAAACAGCAAAGCUGAUGCAGAAAGCACUGUCCAGUACAGAAUGGACUCUGGCAAGUUGUGUCAUUCUGGACAUAAGAAUGUUCUUGUGUAGAUGACUUCUUGACAUGGAGCUUAGGAAAGCACUGCCUUGCAAAUCUGCUUGCAGUUCAUUAAAGGCAACGUUACUGCAUCACCUCUUCUAAUAUCAGAGCCAAGGACUCUUAGCAGUUUAAGCUCAUGUUUUGUCAGUGGCAUUCUCUGUUCAGCUGUGGGAUUUUUGACAGCAGGUUUCACUUGGUUUGGCAGUCGGUUUUCAUACUAGCUGUGAUGCUGAGAGUAGGGUGUUCCACAAGUAACUAGAUCUAGAUGUCAGAGCAGUAUUUGCCAAAUAGUUGGGUUAUAACUUUUAGAGUAGCAUUUCAUUGUAAAUUGUAAAAUACUUACUCAGAAUUAAGUGAAAAUUAGGGUUUUCUUAGCAACAACCUAUAAUUACAUUCACAGCUACAGAAACUAUUAAAAAUACAUCCACUGACUUACAAUGUGCUAUUUAAUUAUGAACAGUAGGCAUAAAGUCCUGUGUCACUGAGAGAGAUUCCAACUUUGGCUUGGAGUGCAAGCUUAAUUGUUACUAGACCAACUCUUAAUUUGAUUUGGGGAUUGGGGAAUGAUGGGAACUACCAGAAGUCCUCUUCAUGUUUCAAAGUCUCACCCUUGCAUAGGUGGCAUGAGUUAAAAAAGAUGAACAUGCCUGCUGCUAGGCAGCAGACUUGUUUUAAACAACUGUAGGAUUGUUCUUUAAAAAAGAUGGAAGCUAAUUCAGUUGAAAAUAAAGUGGCUAAAAGAUUCCACAGGCUGUACUUAAUGGCACAGUCUGUUCCUCUAGGAAUAGAACCUGUUGUGCUGUGAUGGUAGAAAGUGUGUGCAUGGGGGGGCUAAUCAUCAAAUAACCAGGUAGCUUUUGCUAACGUUAGAGAACUACUACCCUGCUGUGAACCCAAUGAGUGUCAGUCCCUCCAUUCAUAAAACUGAUUGAAGUUCACUCUUGGAAUUGAGCUCUCAUUCCGAACUACUCAAAGGCAAGUGAAGGAAUUUUGUAGACUACACGGGAUUCUAAAUAAAGCAUGUAUCCUGUUUGUUUAGCCAGUUGAUCUGCCUCCUAGAUCUGUUAACGUGUUGCUUUGGGCAUCAUCUGUUGUCAUUCCUCAUACGAAAUUACAUUUGAAAUCACUAGAGGCUGUUUUGGAACAGGGAAAUGCUGCUUAAAAUAGCUUCUUUUCAGAGAAGUCGCUUGGAAGGUUAAUGGCUGAAAAGAUAUGAAAAUCCUCAUGGGUGAGAUGUUCUCUAGUGGAAAUGGCACUUCAUAAAGAGAGGAAGUGAGAGACUUGGAUGCCCUUCUGCCAGCACCUGCUGACACAGUGGCAGCAAGCUGACUGUCUGCUUGCUGGUUCGAGUUGAUUUGCAAGGUAAAAUAAAACCUUGAGAUUUGUCACUGUAGUCUGUGAGUCAGAAGAUAGAGUUUAGCUCAUUUUAUUGGCUUAACGUUCAGUUCUGUUAGUAAGAAACCCCCUUAAGCAUUACUUUUUUUUUUUUCUUCAAAGUUCAUGCAUAAAAAUACUUCAUUGUUUGAUCUUUAUUAUUUUGUGCUCGCUGGAGGAUGCAGAGCAACUGCUUUCAACUGCCUCAUAUCCCCUGAGUGUGAAUUGACACCAAGGGAGGAGUCUGAGUGUCAGUGAGGUUAGAAAAACAGAAAAUUGCUGUUGUUGGUACAGAUAUGAUUUUGAUACUUGUACAGAAAUGUCACUUUUCUCUGACUUUGUAGUUCAUAGCACUUCAGUUGAUUGAUUCCAGAUAUGCUGUUGUCUGGUUGUCGUGUUCUGUUGAAGCCAAACUUUCCAAAGGUUUCUACUGUUGUGUGGGCAACUGGUUGUGAGUGUAUUGGCUCUCAGUCAGGAGAUAUCAGUCGUGUGAUACCUCGUUAGUGAGGCUGAAAAGCUACAGAAAAGAAGAUGGAUGUUGAAUUAGUGUUGUCGUAUGCAAACUCCUAAUUGUCAAAAUGGCCUAUGGUCAGUUGCAUCUACUGGACUUUACUUCUGUGUGCAGGGAUUUAAAAGGCAAGGAUUUGAGUGCUUUGACAAUCUAUUUAGAAAGGAAACGGUGGUUUCAGAGAGUGAUAUGAAAGGAGACUGUUAAUACAAGUUGUUCCUUACGGAACCUUGAAAUGUACUUAAAAGGGGAGGCAUUGCCUCUCAUAAGUCAAAGUUAAUGAUCCUUUCGAAACUUAGCUGUAAUUACUCUCCUGAAUGUUCUAGAUAAUACUGAAAAGAUCUAUUUUUGCCUGGUGUCGCAGUGAGAAAGCUGCAUCAGUCUCAACUAUAGAUCAUUGCCAGCAGGGACUAGGUGAGGGGAGUCCAAUAUUUUGGAAUUUGCAGAAGCUCUUGUGCUUGUUUUAAAUGUAAAUUAAAAAGCUGAGUGUGUCUGUUUUGUUCUCUUGCAGAUGGCACUUUAACAAGUAUAUUUUUGGUAAGAUUAGGAGGAGAGUCAUCUUUUCCUCAGUCUUUUUAUGGUAGCCGUUUGUGUUUUGUAUAAAAUGUUAAAUACAACAGUCACUGCAAUCCUUAACUGGCUAUGGUUGUCAGUAUCUAGUGGACCCUUAUCUGUUUCUACUAAACACCAAUACCAUGAGCACUUGACAAUACUGCUAAUGUUAAACUGAAGCUCUCUAGUUAGAGAAUGACACAACCUUACAAGGUCAACUUGUAUUUUAGUGCUGCUUGUCACCUUUUUGCUUUGCUUAGGAACUUGGCAGUGUCUGGAAAUCCUCCUUGAGUUUGAACAUGAUGGCAAUAGUGGCAGAUUAGUUGUGUACAGAUGUAAAUGGAUUCUUCAGAUAACAUUUUUAGGAUAGAACAACUCCUGCUGAUGGUAAAUUGAUACAACCUAGAUCCUUGAGCCUGUUGGUUCCCUGUGUUUAAUGGUGUUCUGACUCUCUCAGAAUAUCCUUGGGAGGAUCAGUGACAACAGAGGUAAGCCAUUAGCUCAGUGCAUUGCAAAAGUUAUGGUUCCAUCAAAAUACUGAAAUGGUUUGUCUUCCCUUUGCUGGUUGGCAAAAUGGUCCACGCUGUGUUAUCCAGUCAGUUAACACAGGUUAUCUCUGGUACAUGCUUACUGCUUCCUACUUUCAGACCAAUACUCCAGAGCAGGACUGAACUUACCUUACAGUGGACGUUUCAAAUGAGGUUUUCAAAACCUGUCCUGGAAUGGGCAAGAUACUGUGGGUUGUGGUCCCUGUUUCUUUUGACCUUUGCAGAGGUCAAGAUUUAUUUGUAUGUGGCACUUAAAGAGCACUUUCUCAUGCUUAGAGAGGCAGCUGUAUUGUCCCCUGCUUACCUGAGAAGAGUCAGAAGUGUUUUAUUGUUGAGGAUAUUGAGAGUGUAGUGGGCCCCUGACUUCUAUCAAGAAAAGAUCUCCAGAACUUCUCAUCAGCACCAUUCACCAGCACUAAAAAGCAGGAAUAAUUAAAAAUGUACCUAAACACCAGUAGCCAAAUGCUCAUCCAGCAAUUCAUGGCAGAUUCCAGAGGCAAAGGCAUUUGUGAAACUUGCUCACUGCUGCCUAACUUCAGAAGAUAAUUUCACCAAGUGUCUUGGUGGCCUUUUGUGCAGCCUUUGAUACUCAGCAUCAAGCUAGGAUCUUCAUUCUCAUAAAUUAAAAAAAAAAAAGAAAAUCCAUGUGGCUUCCAUCAAGUUCAUCCUUCUUCAGUAAAUCUAACAAAGGUUAUUUCCUGAUAAUAUUGCUGCCCAGGGUAGCUGCAAGCCCAUGGCGCAGCCACAAGUCAGCAUCCCUUGGAGUUUGCUUUCCUGACAGUGAAACAUGGGACUCUCAGGUCUCUACUGGAAGUAAUGGUUGGGUCUGUCAAACCUGAACAAAGGCAGAAAUGCCAGAACCAGUGGCUGAAAGUGUGCAGCUGUGAGUCAAUGCAUUGCUUUUUUUUUUUUGACAACCUGAUGAACAUGAAUUAUGAAAUUUACUAUUUAAAAAUAACUUUUUUUUUUAAACUUGGGUUGCUAGCAGUGUAAAAUGUAAUUUAAAUCUGUUGCGCCGAAGCAUUUUUGUUACCAAUAGUCAGUAGGAGAUGUUUACUUUUGUGUGUUUUUUCCCUUCUGCUCUUUCCAUUCACAGUCCUGUUGUGGUAAUUUCCUGAAGGUGUAAUCUUUGUAGCAUGAUUGUACAAACAUUCAUAUGAAACUCCUGACUUCUUGUUCUCACUAAAAUAUGCUGAAGCAAUAGUAGUUUUAUUUCUGUCCUUCUUUUCUUCCCUUCCACGUUGAGAUUUGCAACUUUGCUCCUAUACUGUCCUAGAGGAAUCCUAGUAUCCUGCUAUCCAACAGACGUAUGUUGUUGACAUGGAUAACUGCAGUGUCUCUACUCCCUUUAUUUUUAUGGAGAAUACAAAAGCUUUUGUUACAAUGGAUUUUAACACCUGCGUCAUGGAACCGUGUUGUUGAAACUCUGUAAAUUUUAAGGCAAUUUUCUGAAAUCGCUUGAAAGUGGAAUGUUGCACCCUUUUAUGCUAUUUCCUGCUUCCUAUGUAGUUUUACUCAGAUUUUUUAACCUCCUUUCUAAGUUUCAGCCUCCUGUGUAUUAGGUACAGUAUUUUCUGCCUUUCAUACUUUGUAAUAAAAAUGGAACAUUUGUAGAUUGA